CGUUAAAUCACGUGACCGAAAUCACCAAUCCUGCACUUUUCUCAAAACCCCUAAACCCUAGAUUUCUUCAAUCUCUCAGUCCCUCUCCUCACUCCCCGAUAAAUUCCAAUGGCUUCCUCUCUUCGAAUUGCGAGCUCAACCCAUUUAAUCUCUCCCUACUCGCCCCGGAACCUCUUCUCUCAGUUCAAUCGGCCCCCAAAUUGUCGAAGAAAAGGGCGAACUUUAUCAUCAGUUCGCUGCUCGGGCUCGUCUUUUGUUACAAUGGACUCAGCGAGGAUCAAGGUGGUCGGAGUUGGAGGAGGCGGGAACAAUGCCGUCAACAGAAUGAUCGGAAGCGGGCUGCAGGGUGUUGAUUUCUACGCAAUCAAUACGGAUGCUCAGGCUCUAUUGAAUUCAGAAGCGGAAAAUCCAUUACAAAUUGGGGAGCUUUUGACCCGUGGGCUAGGUACGGGAGGAAAUCCUCUUCUAGGGGAGCAAGCUGCUGAGGAAUCUAGAGAAGCUAUAUCCAACACCCUGAAGGAUUCAGAUCUUGUCUUUAUUACUGCUGGUAUGGGUGGAGGCACUGGCUCUGGUGCUGCACCAGUUGUUGCUCAAAUAUCUAAGGAAGCCGGUUAUUUAACUGUCGGUGUUGUUACGUAUCCCUUCAGCUUUGAAGGUCGCAAACGAUCUUUACAGGCACUAGAGGCUAUAGAGAAGUUGCAAAAGAGUGUCGAUACCCUUAUAGUGAUUCCCAAUGACCGGUUGUUGGAUCUAGUUGAUGAGCAAACCCCACUUCAAGAUGCAUUUCUUCUUGCUGAUGAUGUUUUACGCCAAGGGGUGCAAGGGAUAUCCGACAUCAUAACUAUCCCUGGACUUGUGAAUGUUGAUUUUGCCGAUGUGAAAGCUGUAAUGAAGAACUCCGGAACUGCAAUGCUCGGUGUUGGUGUUUCCUCUAGUAAGAACCGAGCACAAGAAGCAGCAGAACAAGCAACCUUAGCUCCUCUUAUUGGAUCUUCAAUUCAGUCUGCAACUGGAGUUGUGUAUAAUAUAACUGGCGGAAAGGACAUCACCUUGCAAGAAGUAAACAGAGUCUCCCAGGUAGUAACUAGUCUAGCAGAUCCCUCAGCAAACAUAAUAUUCGGAGCAGUUGUUGAUGACCGAUACACCGGUGAGAUCCAUGUCACAAUAAUAGCCACAGGAUUUUCUCAGUCAUUUCAGAAAACGCUUCUCACAGACCCAAGAGCAGCAAAGAUUGCCGAAGCUCAGGCUCAGGAGAUGAAAGCUUCAUCAAUGCCUCUCAAGGCUACCUACUCUUCUCCAGUUCCCUCGAAGCCUCGAAAGCUCUUCUUCUAACCUUACUCAAUCUUGUUACUGACCUCUUCCGUGUUUGGAGUUACUGCUUAUGCAAAUAUGUUAUAUACGGUUUUUUUUUCACCCUGUUUUGUUCUCUUUGCGAUGUUUUCCCCCCGAAUUUUAUUGCACGUUUUUGCUAAUGUAAAGGAAUUAUUCAGUUGCAAGUCACAGGUGCUAUGGCACACUUCCGCCCUCUUGCUGUUAUUCUGAUACUUUUUCAAGUGUAUCAAGGGCAUGGCUUCUGAUGUCA